AUGAGUUCCGAGACGAUAGCAAAGUCCGCAAAAGCUGCUUUUGAGCAAUCCCAGCUCCUCACAGCCUCGGAGCGCGCCACAGCGUUGCAGGCCAUUCGCAAGCAGCUGGAGCUACGAAAGGAUGACAUUUUAACGGCUAACGCGGAAGAUAUCAAGGCUGCUCGUGCCGAAGUCGAUGCGGGACGAAUGUCGGAGGCAUUGCUAAAUCGUCUCGAUCUACGUCGGGGAGACAAGUGGGAGUCAAUGCUCCAGGGAAUUGACGACGUGGCUGCACUUGCGGACCCGACAGGCAUCGUAACAUACGCAACCGAGCUGGAUGAUGGAUUAGAGCUCUAUCGGGUUUCAUGUCCGAUAGGCGUUCUGUUGGUCAUAUUUGAGGCCCGACCAGAGGUGGUAGUCAACAUUGCCGCUUUAGCCAUCAAGUCUGGAAAUGCUGCGAUUCUAAAAGGCGGUAAAGAGUCCAAUCGCACAACGUUGGUUCUUUCCGAAGCCAUCUCUGCGGGACUGUCACAGACGGCUGUCCCUGAAAACUACAUUCAAACUAUCCAAACUCGAGAUGAAGUCUCGUCGUUGCUGAAGCAAGAUAGAUACAUUGAUUUGGUUAUUCCAAGGGGAAGCAACAGUCUGGUUCGAAGCAUACAAAACAGCACGACCAUCCCCGUCAUGGGACACGCGGAUGGCCUGUGUUCUGUAUAUUUGGAUGAACAUGCGAACCUAGAAAAGGCUCUCCGUGUGGUUGUGGACUCAAAAAUUGAUUAUCCCUCUGCGUGCAACGCCGCUGAGACCUUGGUCGUUCACGAAUCUCUGCUACAUACAAUCUGGCCAGCAGUAGCAAAGGCUCUAUUAGAUGCCAACGUGAGAUUGCUAUGCGACCCUCCAACUCUCGACGCCCUAAAAACCAUCUCUCCCGUCCCAUCGAAACUCGACUCACAUGUCGAAGCUUCAACUCCAGAGUCGUAUGAAACAGAACAUCUUUCGCUAGUCAUAUCUGUCGUUGCUGUUUCCUCGUUGCAAGCCGCCAUCCAGUUCAUUAAUUCUCAUUCUUCACAUCACACUGACGCCAUUAUCACUGAAAAUGAUACAGCCGCGUCCAUGUUUUGUCGCGCCGUAGACUCUGCUGGUACUUUCAUCAAUGCUAGUACUCGUUUUGCAGACGGUUUUCGAUACGGCUUUGGAACCGAAGUCGGUAUCAGCACGGGAAGAAUACAUGCGCGUGGACCCGUUGGUUUGGAAGGUCUAGUGAUAUACAAGUACAUGAUGAAGAGCAAGGAUUCGAACGGACACAUUGUAGGAGAAUUUGGCUCAGGCAAAAAGCAGUUCAAGCACAAAAAAAUCAGCACCACUGUGCUGCCCUUCUAG